UGACUGUUGGAGGCGAGACUUUUUAUCCUACGAUUUUCUACUUUAGCUGUUGAAUGGGGCUGUGAUCAACUAUAGAUUUGCCAUCGCAUCUUUAUUUAGCGUUUCCCAAUUGCUUAUUUUCGAUUAGGACGAAGGCUUAUGCGAUCGGCUUUUUGGCAUUAGAUGGAAAAGCUCCAAAGUCUCCAGUUUCUAGGUCUACGGUGGUAAGGUAGUUUCAAAAGUGACAAUUUCCACCAUCCCUGAACCACCCACCAAAAAAAAAAUAAACCCAAAAUUUAAGCUCACCAGUGGCAGUUGCCGGGAUGAACGCGCGUUGAUGAAACGCGCACCCACCGCACGAUACAGCUGAAGCUACCUUUGUUCCCAAGAUAUCUUUUUGCCCCUCCUCUGUAGACCUUUUCGCCAGUCAUCGCAAGUCGCUGCCGGUAGAAGUGCUGUCUGAUUACACACCAUAGCUCCGCCACAGGUCUUCUGACCAGCACUUGACUCCCGAGUGCGACAACAUCAGUCCAUCCGGUGCAUAAACUUCUCAAUCAUACGAUGCGAUUCUUUCUCCUCCCCGUUUCGACGCGCCGGACGCUACUCUACUGCCAACGGGCACCAGCUAUCCCAAAGAAGCAGACCAUAUCGGAACGGGUACAAUCAAAAGCGGCGCGGACAUGGGCCGAUUGGGAGAAGAAGCCGGGCGGAUGGCAGAAGCUGGUGGUCGGAUACGGAAAUCAGGCCCUCAGGAGGAUACCAUAUGAGGAGUGGGGGCUCAAGUCUGUCCCGCCGCUUUCAACCGCCCGUAAGGAGGACGAGCAGGCAGGAAAGGUCAAGGUCGAGGUUGUCUAUCCCAAGAGCCUGGUGAAGGCCGAGAGGGUAACGAGUAUCCUGCACACAUUAAGCACAGGGCGCGAAUCUCUACACAAGAAGCGCCUUGUUCUGUGCUUUUUGGGCAUGCCUCUGACCAUACCAGUGGCUAUUAUCCCGAUCGUACCCAACAUCCCUUUCUUUUAUCUGGUCUACAGAGCUUGGUCCCACUGGAGAGCGCUCGCAGGCGGGCGUCACAUACAGUUCCUGCUCCAAAACAAGCUCAUAACGCCAGUUUCGUCGCCCGUGCUCGACCAGGUCUAUGCAGAUCAGGAUCACCCACUUCCAUCUACCGCAGAACCAACAACGACCAAGACGUCGGCAAACCUACCAGAGUCUCCCAUAAUAAUCGAGCACCCGAGCCCAGAAGAGGCACCAAACUACCCAGGAGGAGAGACUUUGCUUCUUUCUCAGGAGAAUGCCCAACGCAUUACCCGGCUGCUGGGUCUCCCCCAGCUGGAGGUCGAAAUUGAGAGGGCCAUAUGGCAGGUUGAGACUGCUAUAGCGGCGCAGAAUAGCGAGAAGGAUGGGAAGGCUUCAGAACCACAGCCUGAGGGUGGCGCUCCUUCGCCACCGCCAGCCAGUGUCACCGAACAUGACAAGAAGCAAUGAGAGAAGGCGUCAGGAGUUUUGAGCACUCUGUCGCCUCCCACUUCUGUCUUGCGUCUUCUUCGUGGCUGGGUUUGCUUUGGUUGUACAAUAUUGACUUUUUUUGACGAUACUAGAUGACGAUGUACUGUACAAUAUUCGUGCUUCCUACUGGCAGGCGUACAAGCAUGGCUUUUAGAUCAGGGGAUCUAUAGCCGGUUUCUGGAGAAGAUAGGGACAGAAGCAACAGACACCACUCGGGGGCUUUCUCGGUCCAAUAGAUACCGCAAACGCCUGAUUUCUCAAAACAAACGCCCAGCGCCAAGUUCCCUUCCCGGUUCUCUGAAUAUGUCCCAGCCUUUCUCGUGGGUCCAGAGAUUUACCUCGGGUAUUCAAAAGACAGACAAAUGAGAGGGUGGGCAGCGAUAAAUGCAUGCCUCACCGCAUAAACCAGCUGCUAAACAGCGCUUGAACUUUGACAAAGAAAAGUAAUAAUAAGCAGCAGACGACGACAAGGCCGCACAGCAUUCUCCCGGGGGUCGCCCACAAAUCCCAGAUGGUUCGCGGCCUUGGCAUGAGCAUUGGCAUCGUUGUCGUCGUCGUUGUCGUCGUCGUCAUGCGGUCGAUGGUGACGCCAGAAAAGUCGACCCUGAAGUCGUCGCCGUUCACCUGCAGCGUCAGAAGAUGCACCUUGUCCUCUUCCUCUGUCUCGAAAUCAUCAUCGUCGUCGUAGCCGGAGCUGUUGAUGAUGCUGUCGAAGGAGACACCCACGGGCGCGGGGAAUAUUGCUUGUUUUGGCGGUGACGGUGUCACCGUGCUUCUGCUGGUGUUUCUGCCAGCAAUCUUGGUUGGAGAGCGGAGCGUUCUCCCUUCUGAGCCGAGGUGCACCAAUCGAGAUGACAAUCUUCUCCUCCCGAACCCGAUAUCGCCGCUGUCUGCCCACAGGUCAUGAUACCCUCUCGAUUGGCUAACUGCGAUAGCGUGGUGGUGGAAAGCGAGGGCGGCCUUGUUUCUCAUCAGAAGCUGGGUAGGGCUCCUCUGCUUUGAAGUUGGGCGCCCGGCUAAGGUGAUUUUUCUUUGAGGCUUAUACUGCUGGCACAUUUGUGACUGGUAGCAGCUCUCAGGGUUGAGAGGCGACGAGACUACUGGAGAGUAGUCAUCGUCCUUGCUCUUGGUGAUGAGGCGUGCGAGAGCCAUUGGAGCGCAAGAGGAAAAGAAAAUAGGUCCUGAUCUAAAUCUGACCUACAAAUGUGUGUGGAUCUUGUCGCUAAGUAUACUUGUAGGAUCGAUCGUUCACCCAAGAUGAGGAGAGCUGCAGAUGGUCGUUCUAGGAUUCUGCAGCGGGCGGCCGGGCGGGGAUGACAAAGUGGUUAUUGCGAGCUUCUGCAACUGACAUAUAAUGGUUUGGGGACAUCCGGAGGUGUCAGAGGAUAUUUCUUCUUGUCCCUCCUUCCUUUUUCUUUGUUUUCCUUUGCUCGGCCACCUGUAGUAAGCCCUGCUGCAAGAUAUGUGUGAGCUUGGAGGGAGGUGUGACACGGGGUUCCAGCUGGAAAUAGAUUGGAAUGUGGUUCAAAUAAAAUAAGAAAACGCCGUACCCCAGGGAAGAUGGGGGAGGGACAGUCUUUCUUUCGUCCCUGCCUCGAUGUGGAUUUCCUAAUGUCCCAAAUAAACAGUGAAAACGCCAGGCGCCAAACGGCCUCGCUUGGAUCAGACAAUGGUGGCUCCUGUGGAAGAGCUUUAAGAGCUAAGAGAUGCCUAGGCGACCAACGUAAUUGAACGUAGGGAUCCUCAGUGUGCGCAGGCGCUCGCCGGGAGCGCCGGUCGGGGUCCCAAGCAGGGCUGAUGGGACAAAGCGAAGGCACGGUAGUUUUUUUAGGAAUGGUUCCUCUGACAAGGGCUUAUUCUAGUCACGGUGUCUGGAACCUUGACUUUCUCGCAGCGACAUCCGGUCCGCCCUGCCCCCGUUCUGGAAUCUGCACCGGAAUCUGCACCUUUGUCGGGGGUACACUGACCGCGCAUGUCUUUUUUUUCUCGAGGAUAAGAGAGAAAUGUCUCGCGUCACAGCUUGCUUCUGGUGCGAAAAUGCACUUGGCUGUCGCGCGAGCGCACGAGACUUACCAAUGUCUGCGCCAAAACUCAUGUCUUCGUUUGCGCGGCGACCGCUUUUUGCCUAAACGCGACUCAAAGUCAAACAGAUUUAGUCACACAAGAUAUUCAAGCAACCAACACCGAGUCCACAUUAGCUAUGGCAAGGGUUAGUGAGGGGAAAAUAUGAGCGCCGCCAAGUCUAUAGUUUUCUUAGUCAGGCUCAUCGCCCGGGGAGGUACAGCAAAUUAAACAUGCCACGUUCUGAAGAGACCACAUGCAUAGCAUGUCAAGCAUGUGUAUGCUCGUUUGAUG